AUGGGGAUCGAGGACGUCUAUCACGAGAUCAGUCACCUUCAAGUACUGCGUCGACCACCACCGCUGAAGUCUGACCCAGCGCGAAAAAACCAAAGCAAGUAUUACAGGUUUCACGGUGAGAGUAGGCUCACGACAACUGAAUGCUAUGACCUGAAGGACGAGGUCGAGAGAUUGAUCCGAGAGGGGAGGCUCAGUGAAUACCGAGCCGACCGUCGAAACAACAACAAUCGGCGGAAUAACGACCGACGGGAAGAUCAAAAGCAUGACAAUCCGCCCGAACCCGUCGGUGUUAUAAGAACGAUCUUCGGAGGGCCAUACCUCGGCGGCACCUCUCGCUGUGUGCAGAAGGAUUACAUGAGGGAGGCAAAAGACAAGUUCAACUCGAGGGUCAUGAACGUCUCCGAAAGAGAAGCCAAGGCCGCACGAUACGAAGAGGCUGAGAUCACGUUCUCAGAGGCCGAUGCAAACGGGGUGCAUUUCCCCCAAAGUAACACUCUAGUCGUGGAGGCCAUGAUCAGUAACCACACGGUUUGCCGCAUCCUGGUCAAUAAUGGUAGUUCGGUGGACAUUCUAUACUCUGGCUGCCUCGAUAAGAUGGGGAUUUCCCAAGCGAGGUUGCAAAAUAGCGCACAACCUCUAUAUGGCUUCACUGGGGACAGUGUUAUCCGAGAGGGGGCAAUAAAACUGCCCAUGACCAUUGGAGACCGACCACACACCUCGACCGUAAUGUCAAAGUUCUUGGUGGUGAAGGGAGGUGACCAAAACAACGCGGUCAUAGGGCACCCGACAUUGAGGGCGUUGAAGGCGGUUACGUCCAUCUAUCACCAGAUGAUAAAAUUUCCAACUCCCAACGGGAUCAGAAAAGUUUGA